AUGCCUUCUCUCUCUACUCCGAACCCCUACGCUUCCGCGCUCACCAUCGUCUUGCGUCGUCAUCUAGAGAGGUUGCAGAUCCAGAACAGACAACUCUUUGACCCAAGCACCCCUGCUACUGCAUUCCUCACUAAGGCCCUUAUGAAGGCUCACUUGCUACAACUUCGAAACACUCUCUUGAAACGGCGGUGCGCAGAUCUAGAGAAAAGACAUCGUGAAUUGACAGAGACUGACGAUGGUGGACAUGGCCGUCCUGUGUACUCUCAGCAUCCCCCCCAGCAAGAUGCUCCAGAGUCGAAGGCUCAUGAUCCAGACCAGGCCAACAGUAUUUCCGAGAUCAAACAGCGGGACGAGAGAAUUGCGGAGCUCGGGAAUGGCCUACGGAGCGCUUACACGGAGCUCUAUGUCUAUCAAGUUAAUGAGGACCGUCGUGUACGCCAGAUACUAGCCAAAGAGCACGGAGAGCACGCAAAGACUGUGGCGGCAUUGAAAAAUCUGAUCUUCCGUGCAAGGUGCGAAAGCGCUAUCAAAGUGACAGAGUGUGCAGAAUUGGAACGAUGGGCGGGGGAAUUGGAGAACAAACUGGUGAAGAUGGCGGCAGAGCAGGAGUUCGAGAAGGAGACGUAUCGGAUCCGACUGCAGCAGAUGGAAGGGACGAUCAAGUGGAUGGGUGAGUUGGCACAGAAAAGGGCGCUAGAGGGAGAGCAGAUGAGGGAGGAGAUCGACAUAUUGAGAAUGGAGAACGAGAUAUUCCGGAAGCAGGACGUCAUUCGGCGAGAGAAUGCCAUCAGCAAGUCAGUGACAGCUGAGGAAGGUAUCCCUCCAAAGGAGGCAGAGGGUAGCACCAUUGCGGCGCAUGCCGACUGUCAUACCCACCUGGCAUUAGCGCUGGCCGGAGAGCGACAAGCGAAGGCGACCGCGGAGCAGACGGCACAGCACCUCCAGGCCCAAAUCCGUCACGCGCGAGUUCUCCAACAAAAGCACGAAAGCUUCAGACAGAAGAUGAUCGAUCUCUUGGCCCGCAUGAAGGCAGAGAAAUUAGCGCCAAAAACGAACAAUACUGUGGAGAUGGAAGACCUCAUGCUAGACGCGACGGGCCAACAGAAUAACUGCCAACAACUUCUAGUCAAUGCUACCGGACGGGGAGCUGGAGAGGACCUACCUCACGAGCAAAGGACCACAUACGUAGAAGAUACCCUCUUGAGUUCAACAGUGCAACAAGCACAUACGGACUCUGGUAUGCUGUCUGCUUCACCGGGCCCCUCACACAUCCCUCUAUCAGACCAUCAGCUUCACCAGACGGGAAGGCUUAUUGAGAGCAUCAUGCGCGACCAAGGCUCACCUGUCCCAUCGCAUGGAUUCAUGGAGCUCGCGCGCCGUAUUCCUCGGUCGAUGUGGCCCGAAUAUCUAGGCGUUCCCGCGCAAACUUGA